AUGAACGAGAACAGUGGAACUGGACAACGACAAAUUUCGCCGAGGAUGGAAGACAAUAUUAUCAUUCAUGAUUCGCAACCCUCAUCAUCUCAGGAACCUUUACUAACUCGCAAACCAGCAAAACGAAGAGCGGUAUGGUCAUCGACAUCGCCAAAUGCUCCCGGGAUAUCGAUUUUAACAUUUCGUAUGGAUAUUCCAGCUAAUAUAUCAUUUGCACCAGCAUCAGAAGCAAUAUCAAACAAAUUCUAUACAACUUCACAGCAACCAGCUCCAUUAGUUAUCAUUACUCUACCAGACUGA